AGAAAUUUUCUCACAUCCAGCAACUUGAGUGUUGAAAAUGGCUUCAGACUCGCAAACAGCCGAAAAUGAUGCUGAAAUGAUACGGGAGUGCGAGCAGUACGUGGAACAGAAAAACAUUCAAAGUAUUCUAAAGGAUGCAAUAGUUCAACUUUGCGUUGCUAGACCUGAUAACCCAUUCAGGUAUUUGCGCGAACACUUCGAGAAGCUGGAGAAGGAACAUGAUAAGAAGAGCAAUGAGGAGGCUAGUUUUGAGGUUGCUGAAGAUCAGCCUCCUCCAAAGGCCAGCAUUUCAAGAAGGAGAAGAGGGGCUGUCAGUGCAGCUGUAAUGACAGAAGAGGAUGCUGCUUCAUAUGUCAAAAAGGUAAUUCCAAAAGACUACAAGACAAUGGCUUCUCUGUCCAAAGCCAUAGAAAAGAAUAUUCUGUUUACACACUUGGAUGACAAUGAAAGAAGUGACAUCUUUGACGCCAUGUUUCAAGUGAAGCACGGUGCUGGUGAAGUGAUUAUCAUGCAGGGUGAUGAGGGUGAUAACUUUUACAUUGUUGACAGCGGUGAAGUUGAUGUCUUUGUAGCUGAUGAGCUUGUCACUUCAAUUACUGACGGUGGAAGUUUUGGAGAGCUUGCAUUGAUCUAUGGCACUCCAAGAGCUGCUACUGUAAAGGCAAAGACAGAUGUAAAACUGUGGGCCAUUGAUCGUAUCUCGUACCGAAGGAUUCUAAUGGGCAGCCAGAUAAGGAAGAGGAAACUGUACGAAUCUUUCUUGGGUAAAGUAAGCAUUCUGGAGUCCUUGGACAGCUGGGAGAGGUUGACGAUUUGUGAUUCGCUUGAGCCAUGCACAUUUCAGGAUGCAGAAGAAAUUGUCAGGCAAGGGGAACCUGGAGAUGAAUUCUUCAUCAUUGUUGAGGGACAAGCUGCGGUUUAUCAAAGAAGAGGUCCAAAUGAAGAUCCGAUUGAAGUCAGUAAACUGGGUGCCUCCGACUAUUUUGGGGAAAUCGCUCUUGUGCUGAACAGACCACGUGCUGCAACUGUAAUUGCACGUGGGCCUCUCAAGUGUGUCAAGCUUGAUCGCGCACGUUUCGAACGUGUCUUAGGCCCAUGCAUUGACAUAUUGAAGAGGAACAUACAGCAAUACAACAGUUUUGUGUCGCUGGUUGUUUAAAGACCUUUCGUAGCUUUAAAUGUUACGUCGAAAUUGUACGUAAAGGACAUUAAACAUGCAGAUCUGUAGUUCUUCAAUUAGCUAUUCCGCAGUUGUAAGUGAGGACUUAAUUCUCGGGUGCUGGGACCUUAUUUUUUGUUUAGUGACCCUGAUUUGAUGUAAUAAAAAGGACAAUUACGUUCUUAAUUUUUUUUAUCAAAUGGGAUAUCGUGGGAUAGAAGGUUUUAAAGCAUAUGAUAAAAGCUUAACGACAUCUUACAAGAAUACGGAUAACUGCUUGCUACUUUCACCAUAAUUCACCUGUUAAGGAGAUCUGUUUUAACAAAGCGUCUCUGCUGUCUCCGUACCUUAGACUAUGGUUUUGUUUUGGAGAAGAGAGUUUUUGCUUAUUCAUCCUCUGUCACGAUAUGAUAAAUGAUAAAUUUUUUAACUGAAUUUCAAAGAACAAGAAUUGGUCGUUUGGCUCCAGUAUCGCCAGGCUAACAACUCACUUGUUAGUGCCUUGUGUCAGCUUGGCUUUUGAUAAACGGCUAAUGUCAUCGAAAAUAUGUUGAAAUACUGAAAGAAAACUUUUCUUCAGGCAUUUUCGUGUAGUGUCCCAAAAAUAUUUAGGCUUUCAUGAAAAAGAUUAUUAAGAAUCAGAUAUUUAGAAGGCUGGAAAUCAAAUUUAAAGUUCUUAGGCGACUUUUCAUUUCUAUUUCACUUCGAGACUCCUAUUCACCAUACCAGGUUUUUGUCCCCUCCCCACCUACCCCGAGUUUCUAGUCCAAACUCUCCAUUAAAAUGGUACUAUAUAAGUAUUUUGGUAACAGUGUGCCCUGUGUUAGAUUUAAAUAAAGCGGUGCUGGUGUGCAGUCUGAUUGUGCAAACCAUCGAUCAAUAAUCGCUCUUUGCAAAGUUUAGAAAUUCUACAUUGGGGUGACCCCAAAAAUGAUUCCUUGAUUUCUAGGAAUCCUUCCCCGGUAAAGAUUCCUAGAAGAACUUUGCUUUAUGGACAUCAAGAGACUUAGACAUAUGAACAAUUCAAACUUGUCUGUUUUGCCUCUCUUUCUUUUUACCAUUUUGUUUAUUCAAAGUUCCAGUGGGUUGAUGAUUGUUUAAAUGGUUGGUCGCAAUCGACACUGUCAUUAGAUGUGUUAUAUAAAUCAUUUUUAGUUGUUAUUGUGUUAUAUAGUAGUAUAAAUAGCACUGUACAUCUGUUAUUUGAUCCCUUAACUGUGUUUCUGACCUGCAAGUAAUGUUUAUCUGACGUAGCUGCAGUGAAUCGUAUUUAUUAUCUAGUUAAAAAGCUUGA